AUGGCUGAAGAUACGCUUCCGCCCAACGGAUCCAAGCUCCUGAGGUUCUUGCCCUCUAUCGCACAGCUCGAUUUAAACCUCACCAGUCAGUCAGACCCGGAACACUCAGUCAGUCAGACCCGGAACACUCAGUCAGUCAGACCCGGAACACUCAAUCAGCAGGAAUCAGAGUUGCACAAGAUGUCGACGUUCGAGUCGCAAGCAUGGCUGUACACAGCUGGGUAUCAGUCGUUAUACUUUGGCAAGACUGAGGUACCACGCGCGAAUGACAUCAAAGGUUUGGGCACGACGGCGCAUAUGCUGGUCAAGAUCAAUGCUUGUGCCCUGAAUCCCGUCGACGUUCAGAUGAUGAACUUGCCAAUGUGGAGGCUACCGACAUUCGGUACACCCAAGGGAUGCGUUUGCGACUUCAGUGCAACGGUCAUAGCAGGUGGCCGCACAGGAUUCGUACAGGGCGAUGAGAUCUUUGGCCUGACUCUGAAGCCUUUCAUCAAGGGUGGCGGUGCAUUGAGUGAGAUGGCACAGCUUGACGUUGCAAACACUGUAGCGGUCAAGAAGCCGAAGGAGUGGAGUCACGAGAAAGCUGCGGCGAUCAGCCUCGUAUGGUUGACAGCCAAAGCCUGCAUAGAAAAGGUGGCACAGUGGGUGGAUGAGACAUCGACAAAACGCGUGGCUAUACUGGGAGGAAGCUCGGCUGUUGGCAUAUACACGAUCAUGCUGGCAAAGCAGAGAGGCUGGAAGGUCGUUACGACGUCGUCAGGACGAAACAAGGACUUCGUGACCACAACCCUCAACGCCGACGAGCACGUCGAUUAUACACAACAAAAAGUACGAUCAGCUGUCCAGCAAUUUGCUCCCGAUGCCGUGAUCGAUUGCGUUGGCGGCACAUCUUGCAUUGGUCUUCCAAGCAGUAAACGCUAUGUCUCGAUUGUUGGUGACAAAACUGGCAGGAGUAGUAUGGGCGGUCCGUACACCUACUACAACGUCCUUGGACCAAUGGCUCUAUACCAGGCAGCUUCGCAAUGGAUACGCUGGGCGCGGGGCCAGUAUGCCGGGGCUGAAAUAUACGAUGUGAUUGUUCUUGACAUGAACAAGCAGUGGUUGGAAGAGUCGAAGACCACUCUCAGUCCAGAUCAGAUCUACAUCGACAGUGUGUUCCAGUUCGACGAGGCGAAGAAGGCGUUCGAGAAGCUGAACACAGGGCGUGCGAGAGGAAAGGUGGUGAUUAAGAUCAGCGAUACAGGUGUAAAGAAUACAGCGUAG